GUUGGUUCCUGCACUAUAGGUGGACCUGUGGCAGCCCAGCAGUAUCUCCUAUGUGUCAGAGGGGACAGUUACUGAUGUCCAUAUUCCCCAAAAUGCUUCCAGAACCCUGGUAGCGUUCUUACGGGAAACCCACAUCCAGUACAAGGUCCUCAUAGAAGAUCUUCAGAAAGCUGUGGAAGAUGAAAACCGCUUGCAAAGCCAGAGAAGCAGAAGAUCCCUGUCUGAACACAACUAUGAGGUGUAUCACCCCUUAGAAGAUAUUCAAAGCUGGAUGCACCAACUGGGCCAAACUCAACCGGGCCUUGUUCGGGUUUUCUCUAUUGGAAGAUCGUAUGAAGGAAGACCUCUCUUUAUUUUACAGCUGGGCAGAAAAUCACGAGCCUACAAAAGAGCUGUCUGGAUAGACUGCGGCAUUCACGGGAGAGAAUGGAUCAGCCCUGCCUUUUGUCAGUGGUUUGUUAGAGAAGCCCUUCUGACCUCUAAGACUGACCCAGCCAUGAGGAAAAUGUUGAACCAUCUGUAUUUCUAUAUCAUGCCUGUGUUUAACGUGGAUGGAUACCAUUUUACCUGGACACAUGAUCGAUUCUGGAGAAAGACAAGGUCAAGAAACUCUAGGUUUCACUGCCGCGGAGUUGACGCCAAUCGCAACUGGAGGGUGAAAUGGUGUGAUGAAGGAGCCUCUGCACACCCUUGUGAUGAUACAUACUGUGGUCCUUUCCCAGAAUCUGAGCCAGAAGUGAAGGCUGUAGCUAACUUCCUUCGAAAACACAGGAAGCGCAUUAGGGCGUACCUGUCCUUUCAUGCCUAUGCUCAGUUGUUGCUGUAUCCCUAUUCUUACAAAUACGCAACGAUCCCCAAUUUUAGCUGCGUGGAAUUUGCAGCUUACAAAGCUGUGAAGGCGCUCCGGUCCGUACAUGGGAUACGGUACAGGCAUGGCCCUGCCUCCCAGACGUUGUACUUAAGCUCUGGUAACUCAAUGGAUUGGGCUUAUAAAAAUGGAAUUCCCUACGCAUUUGCCUUUGAACUUCGAGACACUGGGCAUUUUGGAUUUUUACUGCCAGAGAUGCUCAUUAAACCCACCUGCACGGAGACCAUGCUGGCAGUGAAGAAUAUCACAAUGCACCUGCUGAAGAAGUGUCCUUGACAGAAACAUGGGUCUAGUCUACAAGCCCAAAGAAGGCAGAUUCUGACCAAAGGGCUGCUUAGCAAAAGUAACUGUUUAGACUAGAAGCGUCCAUGGACAUUAAAGGAUCUUUUCAUGCAAUUAGACACUUUGUAACAAUAGAAAAUUAGGGCACAGCCUACUUUGGUAUGAGAAGAAAAUCCACAUUAUAUCCCUUUAGAGGCUUAUCGCUUUGUAAUUACAGCGGGGGAGGUGGGAAGGGGGUGUUUUCAAAUUCCUUUGUCUCAAGAAGUAUACAAAUUAAUUGAGGAUUUCCCUUAAAUCAACCUCAACACCCUUGAUUAAGAGCUAGGCCACCAAUGUCAUUUAA